CUCUGUGCGGCGUUUUGUUACCUACAAGAAUGUGCUAAUAGCAGCUGCUUAGCUAGCAUGCUAAUGGAAUGACAGAUAUAAACACAGACGGGCUCAUUGAAAGCUAGCUUGCAUUAGCACACCGCUAGCUACAGGCUGAAUUGUGUUGUUUUUUGCCUCAUACAGCGACACCGUUUUUACAGAAUACACACAGAAUCAGAAAUAUGGGUUCAUUUUUGGCUCUGCUCGACACUAAUAUCCCUCCGCUGUAUGUGUGCCUGCGCACUAUUUACUAGAGUUACGCAUGGCGCAGAAGCAUACAACUCACUGGGAAACAGUGAUGCCAUAGAGAAAGGAGGCACAGCCAACUCUCCUCCGCCGAGGGGAGGAGAGGUUUCAUCAGAAAUGGCAGCUGAACUCCAUGAAGCUAUUUUCGUGGCCAAGCAGGAGCGCCACAAAAACCUGUUCCUGAACUACAGAAACCUGAAUCAUUUCCCUGUAGAGCUGCUGAAGGAUGAAGGCCUGCAGUUUCUGGAGAGACUGUACAUGAAGAGGAACUCGCUCACGACGCUGCCUGACAAUCUUGCUCAGAAGCUCCCAAAUCUAAUUGAACUGUAUUUGCACUCAAACAACCUCGUCAUUAUUCCUGAAGCUAUUGGAAACCUGGCCAGACUGCAGUCAUUGGACCUGAGCAACAACGCCCUCCAGUUCCUCUGUCCAGAGAUUGGCCGACUGAGGUCUCUACGGCACCUGAGACUCUCCAAUAAUCAUCUGAGAUGCCUUCCUCCAGAGAUCGGAGAUCUGCAGGACCUGGAGACCCUGGAGGUGUCCAUGAACCAGCUGAUGUCCCUCCCGGACCGGCUGCACCGCUGCGCUUCGCUGCAGAACCUGACAGCCGACCACAACCUGCUGGGCCACGUUCCCCGGCAGCUCUGCUGGCUGCACCGCCUCAACCAGCUCUCCAUGGCUGCUAACCGGCUGACCUUUCUCCCGCUCGAUCUGGGCCGAUCACGAGAGCUGCAGUUUGUGUUCGUGGACAACAACGUGGACCUAAAAGGCCUUCCCUCCUACUUGUAUAACAAGGUCAUCGGCUGCAGCGGGUGCGGCGUGUCAGCGCACGGGUUGGCGGGCGACCCGGGGGAGGCGCCGGGCGAGGCGCUGAGUCGGGCUCUGGUUGGGCUCCCGGCCGAGGUGAAGGUGGUGGGCUCAGAGGCGGACAGCGUGGUCCCCCUGGAGGAGAUCGCCAUGAGAGCCCUGCACCGCAUCUACCACCAGCGCCCGACAGACCUCAGCUUGCUGCCUCCCAUCACCCUCCCCAAGAGCCUGCUGGACCUGCUGCAGUUCCCCCUGGGACACUGCCAUCGCUGCAGUCAAACCAUGUUCACCAUCAUCUACCCCAAACUCUUCCCCCUCCGUGACACGGCACUGGCAGGCGUGCACCGCAGGACGACGGUGAGUUUUGUGGCCUACUGCUGCUCCAGUCGCUGCCUCCGGACCUUCGACCUCCAGGGAUGACGUCGUUUCCUCUGCCCUGCACACGUUCGCUCGGGAGCUGCCGAGCGGUUUCCAGAAAGGCGGCAGGUAACGGCUCAUAGUUUGUGUGCAUUCGGGGGG